CACAAUCAAAAACAGGCUGACACUAGGCUGCCGACCGUGGACGGAGAACAGAAGAGCACAUUUCAUCCCAAAUAUAAUACGAGGAGUUCGUUUGAAACGUCUCACCUGCGUAGGCUACACUAUGGAGAUCCAGAGUGUGGAAUAGAGACGGACGGAGUAGCCUAACACAUCUAAACCGAUGAUGAGCGGGGUUACCUCUGCCACAGGCUCGGCUUCGUGCCGUUUCGCCCAGCACUUCGUGGUGUGUGGAUUGGAUACGGAGACUGGUCUAGAACCCGAAGAAUUAGCUGGUGAGAGCUUUGAGCAGAGCCCCAUCCGGAGGACCUUCAGGUCCAAGGUUCUGGCCCACUACCCUGAGAGCACAGACAGGAGUCCCUUCAACAGAGAUGCAGUCAACAUGCUCUGCAUGCCACGAGGCUUGUCAUUCCGUAGUCAGACGGACAGCCGCGACUCCCGCUUCCACUCCUUCACGGUCGCUCGGGAUGACGGCACACACUCCUACGGCUUUGUGCACAUGUACUACGAGGAGGUGACGAGCGCCCAGAUCACCGCGGCGAUGCAGACCCUCCAUCAGAUGCACCACGUCGAGCAUCACUCCACCUCUUCAUCUCGCUCUACCUCCUCCGCCUCCUCCCCCUCCACAUCCAGCAUGGACUCUCUGGGGAGCAGCCUGGACGAGUCGGAUGCUGCUUCCCUGGCAGAGCGUCCCCUGUUGGCUUGUUUGGGCUGCACAGUGGGUUCCUUCCAGCCGGCCCGGGACACCCUGUAUGUCUCCAAGGCCCUCUGCCUCCUGACGCCCCUCCCCUUCCUCCUCGCUGCCCGCCACUUCCUGUCCCAGCUGCACCAGGCGGUGACAUCGCAUGCAGCCCCGCCUCUGCCCCUAGAGAGCUACAUCCACAACAUCCUGUAUGAGGUGCCCGCGCCGCCGCCUGGUCGGUCGCUCCGGUUCCACGGGGUCCAGGGGCCCAUCGUGUGCCAGCAGCCCGGCCCAGAGGAGCUCCCGCUGGGGGACUACCCACUGGGAGAGGCCUUCUCUCUGCUGGGGGUGGAGAACCUGGUGAGACUGCUCACCUCUGUGCUGCUGGAGACCCAGAUCCUGCUUUACUCACAAGACUACCAGCGGUUGAUGACUGUGGCAGAGGGCAUCACCACUCUGCUGUUCCCGUUCCAGUGGCAGCAUAUCUACCUGCCCAUCCUGCCCGCUCCCCUGCACCACCUCCUGGAUGCACCAGUGCCCUUCCUCAUGGGUAUCCAGAGGAGGGACGGCGCCCAACGGUCCACUCUGGAGCUGUCCAAUGAGGCCAAUCUGUGCUUCGUGGACAUUGACAAUCACUGUGUGGAUCCACCUGAGGACCUGCCCCUCUUCCCAGACCAGCUGGAGCUCAUCCAGGAACUGAACGAGGUGCUGCUGCGCUUCGGCCUCCAGCCAUACGGGGGCUCUACAACCACCAAUCCCGCCCCUGCCGCUCCCCCCUGCCUCAGCAGCCUCGUCCUGGAGGACCUGAUGGAAGACCGGCGCAAUGGGAACCUGGGAGGGGAGGAGUUGGCCGUGCUGGAACGACUGCAGGCACUGGCCAGGAGGUGUGGGAGGGGGAUGGCGGGAGGGAAGACGCUGGGACGGGCGUUUGAGGAGGAAGAGGAGGAGCUGAAGGCAGCCAAGAUGAACGUGCAGCUGAGGGAGGUGUUCGCGGGGCGUUUCACCACCAUGUUCGGGAGGUACGAAGAGUUUGUGAUCCACAGCGCUCCCGAUCUGGAGUCCUGGCUGGGCAACCGUGAGGGAACGAGCAACUUUGAUAAGGGCUCUUUCCUGUCGGCGCAGCCCGCCACACACUUACACUUCCUGUCUCGGUUCCUGGAGACGGCCAUGUUUUCAUCGUUCGUAGACAGCAAGGUGUUGUCUCGCUGGGCAGAGCGGGAGCCACUGCAGCGUGUGUUCGACAGGCGCUUGGAGAGGGAGCGCCUCUACAACACGUUCGAGGACGAUCCUGGUAACCGGCACUACAGGAAGUGCACAGUGCUCCAUGAGUCAGUCCAGGCCAUGGAGCGCAGGCUGCUUAAGGCUGACCACACGGCCAUCCACCCCCACCUGUUGGACAUGAGGAUUGGCCAGGGCAGACACCAACAGGGCUCCUUCCCCAGGCUACAGGCUGAUGUAUUGGCACAGGGACACCACACCAACAAGUGGUCAAGUCGUUACAUCCCUAAGAGACCAGUGACCACUGAGACCACCUCAGGACUGGACAAUGACCAGAGAGAGAAGUUCUCUCCAGGGAGGAGGAUCCUAUGCCAGUCUAAGCUGCUUGACCCCUCCCCCUCAGCUGUCACUCAAACCCAGCGUGGGUUCGUGGAGGGGCUGCUGAGGGAGUGUCGUGUGAAGACCAGGCAUAUGCUGAUGGAAAGGAUGGGGAAGGAGAGUGUGGAGCUGGGGCAGGGCGAAGCCAAUAUUACAGGCCUGCAGGAGAACAGACUGAUCCACAGCCUCUGUGACCUGCUGGAGAGGACCUGGGGCCACGGGCUACAGCUCAAACAGGGGAGGUCAGCUCUGUGGUCCCACCUGCUCCACUACCAGGCAAACGAGGAGAAGAUGGAGUCACCUUCAAAUGCCGAAUGUCCAGUGUCCAAUGGGUCAGACAGCAGGAGGCUGGAGGAGGGGCUUCCACCGCCGAAGGGUUCCUUUAUACAGGAUAUGAGGUUUGUCCAGACCAUGAGUGGGGGUCUCUGUGAAGUGGGUCAAGCCCGGGCCUGGAUUCAUCUGGCCUUGGAGAAGAAACUGCUCUCACAACACCUCAAACUGCUGCUGGCCAACCAUGACCUGAUUAGGCAGCUGUAUAAACCUUAUGCAUUCCUGCUGUGUGAGGAGGAGAGGGAGCAGUUUCUGUUCCACCUGCUGUCGCUCAACACUGUAGACUACCUCUGCUUCACACGCAAAUUCACCUCCAUCAGCAUUCCGUACCGUGUUGUCAUAACGCCCAUGAAGAAGCUGAGCAUUGCCAUGACAAUGUCCAACCCCUGGGUGUGUGUUUCUGGUGAGCUGGGUGACUCUGGGGUCAGACAGAUUCCCAAGAACACACAGGAGAUCAUCUUCCAGUGUCAGAACCUGGGCAGACUGAGCACUCUGCAGUUGGGCCAGGAGAACUCUGGCCUGCUGGCUAAGUGUCUGGUGGACUGUGUGAUUGUGCACAAUGAGAUCACUGGACACACCUACAGGUUCCCAUGCGGCCGCUGGCUGGGGAGGGGUGUGGGCGACGGAAGCCUGGAGAGGGUGCUGAUUGGUCAGCUGGUGUCGCCCGGAGGAGAGGAGGAUUCUGGGAGGUGGACGGGGACUCCCCCAGAGCAGGGCUCGCCCCCACAGAGUGGACGCAUGGGGAGUCUGGGGUCUCUGAGCCGCAGCAACAGGCUCUCCUCUGCUCAGGUGCAGGAGGAUACGAGAGAGGCAGUGAACAACCUUGUCAAGCACUUUCACAAAGCAGAGCAGGAGAGGGGGAACCUGACUGCUCUGCUCUGUGGAGAGGGGGGGCUGGUGCGCUCCCUGGAACAGUUCCUCCUCCACGGCUUUAAGUUCUUGCGCCUAUUUCAAAGGAGUGUGUUCAUAUGGGACUUUGUGGAGAAAGUGGUGGUUUCCAUGGAGACUGCGGAUCAGAUGGGUGACUUGCGUGAAUCAACAGAACUAUGUGACUCGCUGUGUCACUAUGCCAACGCCAUCAACGCUUCACCACGGAACAUCGGAAAGGAGGGCAAGUUCCAACUGCUGGUCUGCCUGGGAGUCAGGGACCGGCUUCUGCCCCAGUGGCUCCACCUAUUGGCCGAGUGCCACCUGACGGCUGUUCAAUACGAGAAGUCAGCGCUGGUCCGGGAUCGUGCCGCCGUCCACACUCUCUCCCGUGUCCUCCACACCCUCCACGAGUUCCCCAUCGCCCUGGAGACCGCCCUGGUCAAGGGGGUGCACCUCUAACCCCACCGCCGCUGAGGACAUUGAAAUGGUGUUGUAACCCCUAUCCACAGACUGCGCAACGCACACAGGGUGGCUGGGCCUCAAUAGUGUCGUGACUGCCUCUCCAUGUGUCCUCUCCUUCAGUUACACACCAAUCAUGACAGGUGUAAGUAAGAAGUGUUACACAAGCCCAUCAUUGGGUCAUCACUUCAAUCAUGUCAGAUCUAGUGAGGGAGAGGACACGAGGACAGGAAGUCACUUUAGACAAUUGAGAUGCAGCCAGCAGAGCCUGCCUGGUCAGAACUGGACAGCUGAACUCUCACGACAAGAGAGGAAGUGACAAUGGGAGACCUUUUUGGGGUGCAAGUCUAUGAGGGGAUGAAACACCGAAGACAAGCCACUGACCUGGCAGCUUCUGCAGGCCUAUUGCCUCAUUCGCUGAUGCAUAUGUCAUAUCCAUUGAAGUCACACUGACCAUACAUACAUACAUACAUACAUACAUACAUACAUACAUACAUACACACAUACACACACACACACAUACACACAUACACACAUACACACAUACACACACAACUUUAAUUUUCAUCCCCUCGAGUUUUAUUAUUGGAAUGUGAUACAAGCGAAUUGACUGUUUGGAGUGUUUAUCCGAAUGGAUAAAUGUAUAUAAUAACUGUCGCCCUCACUUCUAAAAGGAAAGUUGCGCCCCUACGUACGUACAGGAAACGGUGUUGCGUUUCUUAUUUUCCUCAUUUACACUGUGAUCUGUCUCUUGGAGGGAGGCGGAGUGAUUCCCUUAACCAACCAGCUUUGAUGUCUCAGCUCACACUGUGAAGGGCAAGGGGGAAAAAAAGAGUUGUGAUGAACUUUGACUCCACCUACCUGUCCUGCCCAUACUUAACCCAAGUCGUACUGCUGUUAUGCUUGCCCUUGGCAUAUAAACCUGACAUGCAUGGCCAUAUCAGGGGUGUAUUCACUAUGAACCAAACAGCUCGAAACGAGGAGGGACUAAACGGAAUGCUCGUUAUCAUGUUUUGCAACAGUUCGCACUGGUGUGCCCUAAUGAAUACACUCAAUGUUUUUCCUUUCUCUCAGUGAUGCAGUCAGUCUCUAGAUACAGUUAUUCUGCUGCCCGAUUGUCUGCUGUAUUAUUAUGGUAUGGACAUUGAAUGGAUUAUUUCUAAUCUAAAAAAUAAUGGAGAUUAAAGAUAGUUACUCUGCUCAAACGGGUGUAGAUUUUUGUUCGCCCACACUUGAUAAUAACUUUCCUGAAUGAACCAUCAUAAAUGCUUUAUAAACUAUAAAUGUUAUAAAAUGCUUAAUGUAAUGCUUAAUAAUACUUUAUGAAUGCCUUUCAUGAAAGUUGAUGUAAAAACUAUCUUUAAAUUGUCUGUGCAGCAGUUGCCUGGUCAUGUACAUCAGAGGUUUUAUUUGACUGACUGAAGCCCAAGAACCACUACUCUUCUCAAUGUUCCCUGACUCGGCCCUGUUUCUGUAGGCCGGUCUGUUUAUCGAUCUAUAGACUUUUUGACUCCUCCUACAGGAUCAUUCAGGCUUUGCUGACAAAAAUAUAGAAAAUAUUGGUUUGAAAUAUUGAAAAUGGUCUUUUGGUCAAUUAAAAUGUUAGUUUUUUUUAUAUACUGUGACUAUUUGAACGAUGCUUUGUAAGAAGAUGUCCUUCAGUCAUACAAUGUUACCAUAGACUUUUCAGUUGGGAGGGGGUUCUCUCUAUCAUCUUGUCUAAGUUUCUGUUGACAGAAUUGCAUUUUGUUUUCUAAAUUGCUUAUUUAAUUGUAAUUGCUUGAUCAAAACAUUGAGGUUGUUCUUCAAACGAGCUUGAUAUUAUAUUGAUAUUACAUGUGGCUUUUUUGUUGAUAAGAUGGAAAUGUCAUCUGCACUAUUCUUGUCAAACCCGCUAUGAUGAUGGCUCUAGCUUAUUAUUUAUUUAUUAUUAUUAUUAUUUGAAAACUGAUAUUAGGCUAAGUACUAAUCUAAUAUUAAUGAAUUGUGUUAAAGAUUAAAGUCUCUGCUAAGAUAUAAAA